AUGGCUAGCACACAGAAUAAAGACGCCUGCACCAUUUGCGAGAAAAUUGGUCUAAGGCCCCUGACCAAAGACAACGUAUUCAACUAUUACAUACCACUGCACGGUCUCGUUAGCUAUGGAGCCCUUAGCGUCAACGUCAUGAAUCCCCAGAUUGUGCCGAAAUUUUUGCCCAAGAAGGAUCUGACGAAUGUGUUCCUCAUUUCCGCAGUCGUCGGCAGUGCCUUCUACAUUUACGGCCGACCACACUUAAGGGACAUCAAGAAUAACAAACGCGGAGCGUAUGCGUUGCUUGGAGCUACGCUCUUCAGCAUGGGAUCGGUACUUGCCUGGGCACUGAUCAAAUCCGCUUUGCCCAAGGACAACUCGCUGCUCGCCACGCUAGCCGGCUUAGGCACAGGCGCCGCCAUUGUUAAAAUCGGCACGGACUACAUUCAUGACCUUGACAAGCUGAAGAAAUAAAUUAAACAAAAAAUGAAGGCAAGCGAGACAGAAAUGGUAAAGGCGAUUUAUGUUGUAUACUAGUUUUUGUAAAGUUGCAGCCAUGCCCACGAUUAUAAUACGCUCAUAGUUUAAUAAUGUGCAAAAUAUUUACGUACGCAACUUAAAUAAAAAUUUAAUUAGUGACCAAAGUAAAA